UCAAUGGCUACUACUGCCGGCCGGAAAAAGGAUCCGGUAUACCGAGGAAUCCGGUGCCGGAGCGGGAAAUGGGUCUCUGAGAUCCGUGAGCCCAAGAAAACCACUAGAAUAUGGCUCGGCACUUACCCAACGGCAGAGAUGGCAGCAGCCGCCUACGAUGUGGCUGCUAUGGCUCUUAAAGGCAGAGAAGCCAUCUUGAACUUCCCCGGAUCCGCCACGUCAUACCCGGUUCCGGGAUCAACAUCUGCAGCGGAUAUUCGAGCUGCGGCGGCCGCGGCUGCUGCGAUGAAAGGAUGUGAAGAAGAGGAGGAGGAGGAAAAGGCCAAAAAGACGACUAGUUCUAGUAGUUUUUCGAAGUCAAGAUCGCGUGACUUCCACGUAGCUGGUGACAUGGCGUCUUCCUCGUGGUGUGGAACAGAGUUUAUGGACGAAGAAGAAGUGUUGAAUAUGCCUAAUUUACUUGCUAAUAUGGCGGAAGGGAUGAUGGUUGCGCCUCCGCCGUGGAUGAGUUCUCGGCCGUUGGAUGACUCUCCGGAGAAUUCUAACGAUGAGGACUUGUGGGGCUUUUGA